AUGGCGGAGAGCGGCUCUGUCUGCAGCUUCGUUUUCAAGAAGCGGGGCCUGGCGGCGGGCAGGGGUCGGCGUAAGCGGCCCAGCAGCGACCAGGAGCAGGAGAGCAGCGGUGAGGAGGGCAGCACGGUGGUGCGGAAGGAGCGGCGGCGGGAGGCUCCCAAUCCCAUGAUCCAGAAGACCAGGAAAAGCACAAAGGAGAGGACUUCAUACACUCUCAGCAGUAGUGAUGAUGAGGAUCAAUCAAAGGAGAUUGGAGUCACUUACAAAUCAACAAGGUCGGCGAAACCUGUUGGCCCAGAAGACAUGGGAGCAACAGCAGUGUAUGAACUGGACACAGAGAAGGAGAAAGAUGCCCAGGCCAUCUUCGAGCGCAGCCAGAAGAUCCAGGAGGAGCUGAGAGGAAAAGAAGAUGAUAAAAUUUACCGUGGCAUUAACAACUACCAGAAGUAUGUGAAGCCCAAGGACACAUCAAUGGGAAAUGCCUCCUCAGGAAUGGUCAGGAAAGGACCCAUCCGUGCUCCGGAGCACCUGCGGGCCACGGUGCGCUGGGACUACCAACCUGACAUCUGCAAGGACUACAAAGAAACUGGCUUCUGUGGCUUUGGAGACAGCUGCAAAUUCCUCCACGACCGCUCGGACUACAAGCACGGCUGGCAGAUCGAACGGGAGCUGGACGAAGGCCGCUACGGAGUCAAUGAUGAGGAAAACUAUGAGGUGAGCAGUGAUGAGGAGGACAUGCCUUUCAAAUGCUUCAUCUGCAGGAGUUCCUUCAAGAACCCUGUGGUCACCAAGUGUAGGCACUACUUCUGUGAGAGCUGUGCCCUCCAGCACUACCGCAAGUCCCAGCGCUGCUACGUCUGUGACAAGCAAACCAAUGGAGUCUUCAACCCAGCAAAAGAGCUCAUGGCAAAACUGGAAAAACACAAAGCAGAGGAAGAACGGGAGGAGGAGGAGGAAGACCAACAGCAUUCAGACCAUGGACAGGAUCCACAAUAGCAGAGCACCCUGUUUUUUAUCUAGCUGAAUAAAGCUUUGAUGGGGGGGAGAAAAAAGCUCACAGCAGUUGCCUUUAGGCCAGCAGCUGUACCCAGGGUCCUGACUG